AUGGAGGGGGGGCAGCAGCAGGCAGGGCAAGGGGCAGAAGGCAGGCAGCAGAAGGCAGGCAGGGCACACAUGAAGAGGCAGAGAGGGGGGCCAGCAGCAGGGCAGAGUCAGAGGAGGGGAAGGGACCCAGGACAGAACCAGGCAGGGAGACAGGGCACAGGAGGACGCAGGGGGCAGCGGAGGCAAAGCAGGGGGGAAAGGGGAGGGAGGGAGGGCAGGAGCACAAGAAAAGGGGCUAGAGCAGCAAGGGCGGGGCAGGGGGACAGAGCACAAGGCAGCACAAGGCGGAGGGCAGAGGCAAGUCAGAAACAGCACAGACAGGCCCCCAGCAGCAGCAGCGACAGACAGCAGCCAACCCACCAGCACCAGACAGCCCCGACAGAACCAGCAACAACCCAGCCAGCACCACAGACAGCCAGCAGACACCCCAGACAGCACACAGACGACCCAGCCCCCAGCCAGAAACCAGCCACCAGACAGCAGCCCAGACAGCAGCAGACCAGACCCCGCAGCCACACAGCCAGACGCCAGCAGACCCAGCCAGCAGACAGACCAACAGACACCCAGCAGCACCAGACCAACAGACCAGAAGCCAGACCCCCAGCCAGACAGACCCCAGCAGACCAGCCCAGACACCCAGACAGCAGCCCCACCAGACAGACAGACCAGCCACCCAGACAGACCCAGCAGCCCAGCAGCAGACAGCGACAGCAGACCAGACCCCAGACAGCAGACACAGCACCACCAGACCAGCCAGACCAGAGCCAGCCCACCCAGCCAGCCCAGACCCCAGCAGCAGACCACAGCAGACAGACAGACCCAGCCCACAGCCAGACCAGCAGCAGACAGCCACCAGCAGACCAGCAAGCCAGACCACAGACAGACACAGACACCAGCAGCACAGCAGACCCAGACAGACAGACCACAGCCCAGACCAGACCAGCACAGACCCAGACAGACAGACCCAGCAGACACCAGCCCAGCCAGCCCGCAGACCCCCAGACAGCCAGCAGACACACCCAGACCAGCCAGCACCACGACAGACAGCCCAGCAGCCAGAACCCAGCAGACCGCACAGCCCCCAGACCAGCAGACCCCACCAGACCAGACCACACCCAACAGCCAGCCAGACCCAGCACAGCCAGCCAGCAGAAACACAGCAGCAGCCAGACCCAGAACCAGCACCCAGACCAGACACCAGAGACAGCAGACAGCCACCCAGACAGCCAGCCCAGCAGACCCCACAGACAGACAGCAGCAGACAGCCAGACCAGCCAGACAGACAGAACCAGACAGACAGCAGCCCCACCAGAGACACCACCCAGCCCACAGAACAGCCAGACCACCCAGACCACCAGACACCAGACAGACAGCCACAGACAGCAGAGCAACCGCCAGACCCCAGACAGACCAGACAGCAAGCAGACCAGAGAGACAGCCCCAGCCCCAGCAGACCCCAGACCACAGCCCCAGCACCCAGACCAGCACAGACCAGCCCCAGACAGAACAGACAGCAGACCAGACCACCCAGACCAGACAGACACCCACAGACACCAGACCAGACAGCACAAGCCAGCAGCCAGACCAGACAGCAGACAACCAGCAGCCCCAGACCAGCCCCCACAGCCAGACAGACCCCAGACCAGACCCAGACCAGACCACACAGACACCAGACCAGCCACCAGAGCCAGACAGCACCACCCCACAGACAGACAGACCAGCAGACCCCGACACCCCAGCCACCCCCCACAGCCAGACCACCAGCAGAACCAGACAGACAGACCCGACAACCAGCACAGCCCCAGACCCCACAGCCAGCAGACCACACAGACCAGCCAGACAGCCAGACAGAAACAGCAGACACAGCAGCAACACCAGCAGACCCAGCAGACAGCCACCAGACCCACCCGCCAGAACAGACCCCCAGACCACAGACAGACAGACCGCACAACAGAACAGCCCCCACCCAGCAGCCCAGCAGAGCACCAGCACAGACAGCAGCCAGACCCAGACCCACACAGAACAGCCAGAACAGACACACAGCCCAGCAGCCAGCAACCAGACCAGGCCAGCAGACCAGACACCCAGACAGACAGAACCAGACCCACAGCCACCCAGCAGACCAGACCAGAACCAAUCAGCAGAACAGCCAGACCCAGCCAGACCCCCAGACCAGCCCCACCCACAGAGACCAGAACAGCCAGCCAGACCCAGCAGCCCCAGAACAGCACCCCAGACAGCACAGCCAGACAGCAGACCACCCCAGACCAGAACAGCACCACAGCCCACCAGACAGACCAAAACCACAGCCACCAGAACCACAGCCAACCCCCCCACACCAGCAGACAGCAGACAGACAGAACCACCAGCACCCGCCAGACAGCAGAGAAGCAGACAGAACCCCACCAGCAGACCACCGACAGUCCCCAGCCAGAGACCAGCAAGCAGACAGAACCCCCAGACCCACAGACCACCACAGCCCCAGACCCACAGCCACCCCCCACAGCAGAAGCAGCAGACCAGACCAACCAGCAGAAAGCCCAGCCCAGACACAGAACCAGGAAAGCCAACCGCAGAACCAAAGACACCAGAA